GAAGUCAGUAUAUCGUUUGAAACUUGCGACGUCUUGAAUCGACGUUAAUUUGAACACAAUUAUUUUAUUUUAAUAUACUGUAAUAUAUACAUAUUGUAAUCAAAUAAUGUUUCAAAACGUUCUUAUAACCGCGUUAACGCCCUUAUGUGAUACGAAUGAGAUUCAACAAUGGGAAAAUCAGCCGUUUACAAAGAAGUGGCCAGAGCCGAAAUAUAGCAAAGAAUCAACCGUUACGAAAACAAUAAAGAAGAAAAAUAAACGCAAUCGGACAGCGUACACAACAGAACAAUUAAGGGUGUUAGAGAAAACAUUCUGUCGUUCAAAAUACAUAGAUGCAGAACGUCGCAAGGAGCUCUCGCAAUGCUUGAUGAUCGGAGAGAAAUGUAUAAAAGUUUGGUUUCAAAACAGAAGAAUGAAAGAGAAGAAAGAAUCAUCUGAAUCGAGCUGUGACUCUUCGAGCGAAUGCUUUGCCGUCGAACCUGUAUCGCCCCCACCGGAUAAUUUAAUUCCAAACAAUACUACCAAAUACGUACCCGAUAACAGUAAUCAAAAACCAACCAUUCAAAGAACCGCUACAGAAAGAGAAUGCUAUUUCAACCCAUAUGAAGGUAAUAUUACCACGGAAUCGUUUUACGCAGGUUACUAUCAGAAUUAUGAUACGGUGUCGUAUACAAAUUACAACACAGGUUUCCAUACUGGUGAGUAUUUUCGAAAUGAUGCAGGUAUUUAUCCCACACAAUAUUAUCCAGCAACGACUCCUGAAUACACGAACUUAGAUGAUCAAACUAAUCAUCGAAAUGAUAAUAACAUGUAUAAUUGGACAUCAAAUGGCUUCGAUUUAAAUUAUUUUUAAAUAUUAUAUUUUUAUUCAUAGACCAUAGAUUAUACUAUAAUUAUUAAGCCUAUUAAUAUAUUACUCAGAAUUACAUAAGAAUUAUAACAUUUAUGUUAUUUAUAAAAAUAAAAUUAUAAAUUUAUUAGUUUUAAGGUAUAUUAUUUUUAUACUACUCAGUGAUGUACUUUAUAGAUAAACUCAAUUGAAUUGUAAUAUACAAAUGUUUGUUCUUCUUUUUAAGUUUAAAGUAUAUUGUAAUUUUUAAUCAUUAGAAAAUUUUAAGUUAAUUUUAAGACAUUUUCUGAAAUAUUGUUAAUAAUAAAAUUUCUAUAUAUUAUCUACAGUUGCUAUUCUAUUUUCUAGAACAUUUUAUAUUCUUUUGUUAAUUAUUGUUAUUUGUGUCUCCAUGCUUCUUCGAAAACUGUACUCAACUAGAUUUUAUAUUAACAUUUUGACAUACAGAAUAGUUUUAUAGUUGUAUAUUAAAUGAAAAAAAGGUGAAAGGAUCCAAUAAAAUA